AUGAUUAUAAAUCUUAUUAUUGUUAAUAAAUACACACAUAUUUUACAAAUAAUUGCUGUUGUUAUUAUUAUAUUUGGUCUAAUUGGAAAAGUUUUUAAUUGUAUUAUUUUUCUUCGAAAACCGGUUUUGAAAACAACAUUGAUUGAUGGUGAAAAUCGUUCAUUUACUUAUUGUACUAUUUUAUUUGGUCGGCAAAUGGGUUAUUUUUCAUAUGGUGGUUUUCAAGCUACACGGGAAUCCUUAUAUGAUGCUCCAUUAGUUAAUUUUAUUGUUUCAUCAUUAAUACCAUUUGUAAUAGUUGCACUAACAAAUAUCAUUAUUAUCAUAUAUGUGUUAAAAGUACCACCAAAACCUAUAUCAACAAUUGAUUUACAUCAUAAUGAUACAUUAUUAUCAAAAAAUGUUCAACCUUCUGAUUCAUUACGUUCAUCAUUUAGCAAAUUGCUAAUACAAAUAAUAAAACAAGCUGGUAGUUAUGAAACAACAAUAAUAUUAAUCACAAGUUGUGUUUUUUUGAUAACAAAUAGUAUUGUAAGUAUUUAUAUUUAUGUUAAUUCAAAUCAUCGUUCAAAUCAUUCACGUUUAACAGAAGAUUUGAAAACCUUAAAGGUUUAUCGUAUUUUAUGUAUGUUAGCAUUAUUUGGUAUAGUUUUAGAAUUUUAUAUUUAUUUUUUAAUUGGAAAAAAAUUUCGUGAAGAAGUUUAUCAACAUUAA